AUCAAUCUUAGUAUCAUUUAUCGUUAGACCGAGAGACAGGAGUGUGAUUCCCGCUGUGAGGCUCCGUGACACCGAGACACACCAUGCUGCUGCAGCCGAGCAGAGGAGCCUCGUCCGGGGGCUUUUAACUCGCUACAGGCGGUGAGAGAUGCGGUCGCUGCGUUCAAAGGAACCCCGCUGUUGUGUUUGUCUUCACUGUCAACAACACUGUCAACAUCAGACCUGCUGCAGCUGCGCCCUCGGCUACUAUCAGUUCAUUUAACGGCGCUGCACCGAGGAAAUCCCCGGGACUAUGAGAGCAUCAUGCUCGCUGUGAGCUGCUUGCUGUUCGCUGCAGCGUGUGCACGGUGCGCCGUGACAGGUCUGGGUGGAAGUCUGGAGGGAAGACUGCCGCCUGCAGAAGAGGUUGUUCAGCCCAAGCGGCUCCUGCUUCAGAUCCACUCCCAGGAGGAGCUGCUCCACAGCCGCCUGGACACCCGGGUCAACAACUCCACAGCCGGAGGGCAGCCCAUCCAUCUGGCCCAGAGCAGCUUCUUGGUGAAGGCCUUCGGCACUUCAUUCAUCCUUGACCUGGAACUCAACCACAACCUGCUUUCUACUGACUAUGUGGAGCGUCACUAUGGUGAGGAUGGAAAGCUGUCUGAAAAUAUGGGAGGAGAGCACUGCUACUACCAUGGCCGUGUGCGGGGGCUGCCGGGCUCCUGGGCCGCACUGUCCACCUGCCACGGCCUGCGGGGAAUGUUUUCUAAUGGGAACUUCUCAUACGGGAUUGAACCUGUUGGCAGUGGAGAGGAGCACAGUGACCACAUUGUGUAUCGGAUGCCCGACAUUGACCUCUUCCCACCUCCCUGUCCAGGAUGCUCUGUGAACAGCACUAAGCCCGGGGGGCAGACAGACGGCCACAAAGGCCAAAACGAGGAACUGAAGGAUGGUGACGAUGUGUCUGAAGAGGAGAAGCCUGUCUUUACAGGCGGCCUGCGACGCUCAAAAAGACAAGCGAGGAGAGGCCCGCGCACCGUACAGACCGAGACCAAGUACAUCGAGCUGAUGGUGGUGAACGACCAUGAGCUGUUUGUGCAGCUUCGACGGUCAACCACUCAGACGAAGAACUUUGCCAAAGCGGUGGUGAACAUGGCCGACGCAAUCUACAAGGACCAGCUCAACACUCGCAUCAUUCUGGUGGCCAUGGAAACCUGGUCUUCUGAAAACAGGAUCUCCGUGGGCGACGAUGCCCUGCUCACCCUGCGAGACUUCAUGAAGUACAGGAAGGAGAGCAUCAAGGAGCGCUGCGACGCCGUGCACCUCUUCUCUGGGAGGACGUUCAUGAGCACCCGCAGUGAGGCGGCCUACAUCGGGGGAAUCUGCUCUUUAACUCGAGGUGGAGGCAUCAAUGAGUAUGGCGGCGUUGGCCCCAUGGCCAUCACACUGAGUCAGAGUCUGGGCCAGAACAUCGGCAUGCUGAGAAACAAGGAGCGACUCGCUGCAGGAGACUGCCGGUGUCCCGACCCGUGGCUUGGCUGCAUUAUGGAGGACACAGGCUACUACCUGCCCAGGAAGUUCUCUCGCUGCAGUAUCGACGAGUACCUGCGUUUCCUCCAGCAGGGAGGAGGCAGCUGUCUCUUCAACAAGCCCAACAAGUUGUUUGACCCACCAGAGUGUGGGAAUGGAUAUGUGGAGAUGGGAGAGGAGUGUGACUGUGGAUCACUAGUGGAGUGUGCACGGAGUGGCGCCAACUGCUGUAAGAAGUGCACGCUUACCCACAAUGCCAUGUGCAGUAAUGGGCUCUGCUGCAGGGACUGCAGGUACGAGCUGAGAGGGGUGACGUGCCGUGACGCUGUAAACGACUGUGACAUCCAUGAGACCUGCAUGGGAGACACCAGCCAGUGUCCUCAUAACGUCCACAAACUAGAUGGCUACACGUGUGAUGCUGGACAGGGCCGUUGUUAUGGAGGUCGCUGUAAGACCAGAGAUGGACAGUGCAGGAAUCUGUGGGGCUACAACUCAGCGGACAGGUUCUGCUAUGAGAAGCUGAACUCUGAGGGCACAGAGAAAGGAAACUGUGGGCCGGACUCCAGCGGUCAGGGAUGGGUUCAGUGCAACAAGCAAGACGUCCUGUGUGGUCUGCUGCUGUGCACCAACCUGACGGACAGGCCGAGGUUUGGUGAGCUGCAGGGGAGGCUCACCAGUCUGACCAUCCACCACCAGAACAGAUACAUGGACUGCAGGGGCGGCCAUGCGGUGCUGGAUGACGGCCUGGAUAUGGGUUACGUGGAGGACGGGACGCCAUGCGGGCCCAACAUGAUGUGUUUGGAGCGCCGCUGCCUCCCCGUCACCACCUUCAACCUCAGCACCUGCCCCGGCUCCUCUGUGUCACACAUCUGCUCCCACCACGGGACUUGCAGCAACGAGGUGAGGUGUAUCUGUGAUGCCGACCACACCGGGAAGGACUGCAGCGUGUUCGACCCGAUUCCCAUCCCCACCCCGCCUGAGGGCCCCGUGUACAAAGAAACAACCGAAGAGGAAGAAAUGCAUGAGCCGUGUCUCUCUGCUGUCCUGUCUUCCUUACACUGUGUCCAGUCCGGCACGAGGAGACAAAACAAAGAUGUUUUCCACUUACGAUCCUUCAGACCUCUCCUGUUUCCUUUUCUGAUUUCAUUACCCCUGUCUCUGUUGGCUUCCUGAAAAGUCUCAUUAUUAAUAUUUUUAACUGAGCCCUGAGGACACGUUCCCACCGGAUCAGAAAGACUGUCAGUAAAUAUCUGGUCCCAAACAUGGUCCGUAUCUCCAGCCAUUUAAUUAGUUUUUUGCAUUUGUAUCCAGGACACACUCAACCCUUAACUGAAGUGUGUAUACUCAACAUCUUAAACUCCUCCUUCCUCUGGUUACAGCUGAUUUUCUGCCACAUUUACUUAAAGCACUUCCUAGUCGGGACUUUUUUUGGGAAGCUUUCCCUUUUAAUACAUAUUUAACCUCAUGAGGAAACAUAGAACAUUGAAGCUAAGAUAAAAAAAAAAUAAGACAUUUUAUCAGACCAGAUGAGGGUUAUUUUUGUGUGCUAGGCCAUUCCUUAGUCAUUCUUGUGCUGCCUUUCAUUAUCAAACAGUAGUCCAUACUAAAUCAAUGCUUCUACAUAAUAUGCAUUAAUGUAUGAAUGUAGUUCAGGCCUGCUAGGAAGCUAGUUGUGUCUCUGCACCGAUGACAUUUAAUUCGAUUUCAGUACACACCAAAUGUUUUAUCCUGCUGUAUGAUAUGUGAUCUCUACACAACCAAAAUGCAUAGAAGUAUGCUGGUGCUGAUGUACAUAGUGUAUCAUAGGGUGGACUCUUUGAGACAGCAGUGACUCACUGCCACUCUGAAUGAAGCACAAGCUUGGAGAGAAAAGACUCUUCCCGCCGCUCAGCGUCAAUCUGCUCAUUUUGAAGAUUCUGUCAGUGAGAGAGGAUCUGAAUUUUGCAGUUUAAAGAAGUCUGAACUAUAGGUUUCCAAAACUGGUGAAUGCAUGAUCACGAAGGUUUCUUAUUGCCUCUGAGAGAUUGUAAUUUAUGACCUGGAUCAGACUUCCAAGCUCUGAUUGAACACAGGAUGUCCCUCGAUUCAACGUUUGUACAUACAUUAUAAGGAUGUGCAUUCUAGCUGAGGUUAUAGUAAAGAAGAAAUCAAAAUAUGCUUUAUCUUUAAAGGGUGUCAGAUAGUUAAAUAGAUCCAUUAGAUAAGCAAUACAUAUAUAUUUCAAAUAACAUGUCAGAAGCAUGUUCUCCCUUUAGGAGAAAGAGUCAGCAGCUUUUAUGAGAAUCACUCUGUUAAUCCUCUCUGGAGAGUAUCAGGUUCACAAGAUGUCCUCCUCUGGUUGUUGUUAUAAAGAAGCUUUACUUCACUUAGGGCUGCUCAAUUAAUCAUAUUUUCAUCGCAAUUACGAUUUUGGCUUUCAACGAUUAGGAAAACAACAUAAUCGAAAUAAAACGAUUUUUUUUAAUUAUUUUUUUUAAUUAUUAUUAUUAUUUAUUUUUUUCAGUUGAAUUAUACUUAAAGUUCAGGGUAAUCAACUGUUAAAAACAUACUGUUCACAUUUUUCAAAGUAAAUGGAUAAUCGUUUUUAAUAAUCGUGAUAUCAAUUAUUGACCCAAAUAAUCGAGAUUAUGAUUUUUGCCAUAAUCGAGCAGCCCUAACUUCACUUAGUAACAACGAGGAACUGCGCAUUCGCACAGCCGCCACAAGAGAUGAUCUGAGUUACACUGCCAGUACAGUAGCAUUAAAGGAAUAUGUUGACGUGUUCUCUGCCUCUGAAAUUAGAAACAAUAAAAAACGAAAAGCUUAAUUACAUUCCUAUAUGAAUCAAGAGUGCAGUCAGUCAGAGAAAUUCGUUUUUGAAAAAAGAUGCUUACCUUAUUUUGACUGGUUAAAGAGGUUAAAAAUGCAAAUUGUCUCUGAAUUUUAAAAUGUCAACACUUUGAUUUGACUUUAAUUCCGUAUAAAUGCUGUAUAAAAUCAAAUACUCAAGGACAGACUUUUACAGGUCACACUGUGUUUACCGCCAUCACACAUUAAAGGUGGACUCAUCUAAGGAUAUUGACGCUAUAUUCACAGUCAACGUCGUUCAGUCCCAGGGAGGUAACCAGUAUUAGCUUAUAAUGUAAAUACUCAUAUUAUUGUAUAUUGAAAUGCAUAUUAAAAGAUAUCUUACAAACACUGACUGUGUUACAUUGGACGCAUGUCUGUUUCAAGAUGCAGCUUCAAAAAUAUAGUCCAUUUUUCUUUUAAUAAAUACUCUUCGAUGUA